UACAUCAACAAGCCUAGAACGCUUUGACUUGAUAAUAUAAUUAUUUUCAAAUUUACAUGGAAAUUAAACUUAUUUUGAAUUACACUUAACGGAGGAUAGGUAUUAAAUAUGAUAAUGGGUAAUGCUAUAAACGAAUCCUAAUAUUAGAAUGGCAAUUAUAUCACAUUUUACACGAUGCACAUUUAUGUAUGUGUACAACAGUAUUGACUAUAUAAGCACAAAACACUGCUACUACUAUAUUUUGUAGUAACAGUGCUUGUGGCUGUAGAGCGGGUGAGAGGUCCAAAACAGAAUGAGAAAAACCAGUUCGAAUCUCCAACCGUGUAUCCAUUUCACGUCAAGCAACCUGCUGUGUAAUAUCAUCAUCGAAAAUCGAAACUUUCGAGCAACAGAAGAUGAACAACGUGGAUUCUCAGAUUGGUUCAUCGCCUAAAAUAGAAGGUAUUGAUCUCUUUGACGGUGUUUUGUUGGAAAAAAUACAAAAUGAGAGUGAUAUUGCAAGCUAUGGCUCCAUUCGUUUUAGACCACUCAAUAGCAAUGACUAUGAUAAAGAUUUUUUACAACUCUUAAGUCAAUUAACAGAAGUGGGAAAUGUCGAUAAGAACCAAUUUUUGAGUCGUUUUCAUGAAAUGAAAAACGCUGGAGGUCACUAUGUUAUUGUUGCAGAAGAUAAAAAUACAAUUAUAGCCAGUGCUACACUUGUUACGGAACAGAAGUUUAUUCAUAAUUGCGCAUUGCGUGGACAUUUAGAAGAUGUUGUAGUUAAAACUGAAUAUAGAGAUCAGCAGAUAGGAAGGUUAAUGGUAUCCAUUAUAAAACAUUUAGCCAAACAAUUGCAGUGCUACAAGCUCACUUUGGAAUGUAAAGAUCGUCUUAUAUCCUUCUACGAAAAGUCGGGAUUUCGAAAAGAGCCUGGUAAUGGCAAUUCCAUGAACAUUCGAUUUUAAAAUGUUAUUUGACUGGAAAUCAUAAAUAAUUAGAGCAACUAUUUUAUAAAGU